CUGACUGGUGGCAUUAGCCGAGUGGGAUGGCGACCGAGAAGACGGCGCUGCUGAAGGCACCGGCGGACGACCGCGCCAUGGCGCUCGAGUCUGCGAUCGACGACGCGACGGGUGAAGGGGACCUGAAGAAGCUCGAGAUGCAGCACCUGCUGCAAACCAAAGAUUCGUGGACGUGGUACCGCCUCGCGUGCCAGUUUCGAUUUGCGUACAUGUCGUUUCUCGUGCUCAUGGUGAUCGUCAUGUUUUCGUUCUCGACGUUGAUGGAAGUGUUCUUCUCGGUGUUUCUUCCGUCGGCCCAAGCCGCCCCCGGCUUUGUCGUGCGGUGCAUCGUGUUCCUGGGCAUCCUGCCCUUCUUGAUCAUCCUCCUCUCGUACGUGUUUGAAGAGUCAUGCCGAUUCUUCAUGGAUUCGCUCGACAGUUCGGAAGGCAGUUUGCCCAACUUUCGCCUGAGUGUUGCUGUCGUCCUCCAUUACCUUCGCCACCACAAGGAAAUGCCCGAGGACGACGUCGGUCGAGCCAUUACGUACGACCCCUACAAGGACGAUAAGCCCGAGACGGCAGAAUCCAACACAGACGCCGAAACUAAGACGACGCACCACGUGAUGCAUCCCAAGUACCGGUGGAAGCUCGCGAUUCGCCGCGUGAUCGCGCGCCGCAAAGCUGCCAUCGUGUUUGGCACAACGUCGUACGACGGGCCUCCGAUCGACUACAGCACGUUUGUGAUUGUGGACUUGAUCUGCCCGGUGGUGUUUGAAGUGGCCACGUUGGCCGGCUUCAUCUCGGAGCUCGUCGCGACGCAGUCCAUCAACGAAGCAUUCUAUCGGUAUCUCCGCGUCGGGUUCUUCACGAUGGGGUUCUACCUCGCGCUCUGGAUGGCAUGCCACUGGUUUAGCAGCCGCAAUAGCCGCAUGCGCGAGCUGGUCGCCAACUACCACCGCACGCGCCGCGCGUUGGAAAAAAAGAUUUCGAUCAUCGUGCAUGAAGAAACGUUCAAGAGUUUCUGGCUCUUGGACUUGGGGUUUCGCGUGAGCCACACGGUCCAGCGCAGCAUCGCGCGCGCGCCGGCGUGGUGCUGCGGCUGCUUCCAGUCCAAGACAACAUUGCCCCACGAUGCUCACGUGUCCAUGGAGCCGUCGGCAUUUGAACGGUGGCACAAACCCCACACGGACAUGUGUUUGAACCCGUGGAAGCGCCUGUCGCUCAACGGCCGCCUCCUCGCGCUCUUCCCGGCGGUCGUCCUCUCGGCGUACUUGAGUCUGUUGUCGUUUUACGUCGGGUGGCCCUUGAUGGGCUUCUUUCUCGUUGUCGGCGCCACCACGAUCCAGCAGCGAUUCCCUCAAGUGUUUGGCGACGCCUUUCGCCACUUUGUCACGGCCUUUAUUCUCGUCUCGUUUGUCUUUUUCACGUCGUCGUUCGUGGUCGGGACGUUUGUCACGGGCGGCAACUUUAACGUGCGCCCGCCCCAUGCCAACCAAGUGGUCGACGUGCCGCGCGUCGAAAUGUGGGGCCAGAUCCCUCGGUACGCCGUGUGCAACCUCAACCAGUCGGGCCUCGGCAUUGUCGACUUUAUCCUGCUUGCGGACGCAGCAUACGGUCGCAACACGAGCCUCCAGCAGCAGAUGCUCCACGAACGGUUUGAUGGGACGGGGCUGCGCCAUUGGAACUUUACGGACGCGAGCGACCCCGUGUUGGACCAUCAAAAGUGGUUCCAAGUCGACUUUGUCGAUAUUAACACGACCGUCGUCGCGAUUCGCGGGACAGCGUCCGCUGCCGAUGCGCUCGAAGACAUGCACUACUGGUUUGGCAUCACCAUCAUGCAAGCUGCCAACGUCUUUAUCCCGUUUCUGACGCAGCUCCCCCAGGACUUUGUCGUCCAGUUGCUCAGCAUGAACGUGCUUGAAAAGAUCACGCCGCCGCCAGUGUACACGAAUCUGGUCAAGAAGGUGUCCGACCUGCGCGCCGCCGGCAAGCGCGUCGUCCUUACCGGCCACUCUCUCGGCGGCGCGAUGGCGGCCAUGGUUGGGGCCAAGACCCACACGCCUGCGAUCUCGUUCUCUGGCCCCGGCCUCGCCUACACUCGAGGUCGCUUCCACCUCGACGAAGCCGACAUCCGCGACUACGUCAUGACGAUCAAACCUGUCAGCGAUAUCGUACCCCGCGUAGACGUCCUUGGUGGCAUGGUCCAGGACAUCGAAUGCCGCAAGACCAACCCACUUGCAUGCCACGGAUCGUCCACCCACGCGUGCGAGCUCUACAUGGCGUGCGGCGACAAGCGCCACCGGGACUGGUCGCAAGCCACUCAAUGUGCCGACUACAUCGAGACCAAACCACAGUCGACGCCAUCCACCGAACUCUAAGUCAU